UCGCUGUGUCUGCCAUGCCUUGCUUCAGAGCAUCUGUAAGGAUUCAAUCGAGUGAACAGACUGAGGACGAACGCGAUCCAGCGUUUCAACUUGAUACCUUUGGAGAAAUCUCAGUUGAUAAAACAGUCGGCGAAUCCGCGCACGAACAGCUUUCGAAACCGGUUCAUAUCCCUUGGUGGCCUUGGAGCUUGGAGGUCCAGAGAGCUAACGAGUGGCGGGAAAUUCAAAGAGGAGAGCGCGAAAUUCACGGGCACGUGACACAUUCCGCGUAGAGUGACGCCGCCGUUCACAUGUUUUAUCACGUGCCCUUCUCGACGAGUGCCCGCCCCUCGUUAGCUCGUAACCGUUAUGGCCGUGCAAGAGGUUCGAUUCCUGGCGUCAGCACCUCGUUUCCCGAGUUAUUUGAAUCGUUUGGGUGAUUUGGACGGUUUGGAGGUUUGGAUGAGGAGGCAGAGUGGAGAGAGAAACGAUGUUGUCUGGUCCUUCUCUCUCAGGCGCCAUGGCCCCGUGGACGUGACCUUGCCGCGCUAGCGUAUGAUCGGUAUGAGAAUGUGGACUGCAGAGGCUGCUGUCAGCAAGUUGCAUUGUGCCGGCCGGUGCCAGCCAUCCUAGUCACCGUACCUAUCACGAACCAUUUCCAAGUGGACCUCACUCUUAAUCUGCUGUUAACUAAAUCGUAACUAAAUCGCGUUAUAUGGAACCGUAAAUGCGAACACAUCGAGCUACAUCCCUUCAAUUAAGUAGCUUUAUCUCUUUUUGGGUGAGGGAAAUUGAGGAAGUUGAAACGCACGUUCGUUUGACAUAGCAAUCUCGCGUGAUUGUGCUGGUAUUUUUUGCCAUGCACUGCGUAUCUUUGAAAACAGAUGAGAACCAUGCACAUUCUCUGAGAGUGCGAGAUUUCGUGUAUGCAAUUAGUGUGCACGAAACUUUUAGAGCACUAAAGUGGCGGCGCUAGCUCCGCGCAAACUAGGGAGCCGGCGCUCCUUUCGCUUCCCACCUCCAACAAGGGAGAAAGAACCGGUUCCGAUAGCUCUUCGCGCGAGUUUCGCCGAUUGUUUUAUCAACUGAGAUUUCUCCUGCUGAAUCGCGUUCGUCCUCAGUCCGUUCACUCGACCGAAGCCUCUCUGAAGCAAGACAUGGCAGCCACAGCGAGUUGUUGUUCGGAGGAAGAAAAGGAACAACUGCACGAGUGCGUCGUAUGUCCACAGUGGUUCAACGAUUACAAAAGCUAUUACAAGCAUCUCAAGUCACACGAACCAAAACCGUCCGAUCCUCGACUUGUCUCGGACGAAGCACGACUUCCGGAUGGGACCUACCGGUGUCUCGUCUGCAACAAAGAAUGUGGGAAAAAACGAUACAUGCUCAGAGUACACAUGAGAGCACACUUGUCUGGCAAGCCCUUCCGGUGCCCCAAAUGUCCCAGAACUGUGAAGAGUGCACAGUCUUUCGUGCAGCACAUGAAGAGACAACACAGCAAAGGGCAUCGCUGCAAGAUCUGUGGCAAGCAAUUCAGUUCCGCUGGCUCGUGCAAGCACCAUUUGAAGAAGCGGCACAACCGCAAAGAACGCUGUGAAGUCUGUUUCAAGAUAGUCCACAAUAGCUACUUGGAAAGACAUUAUUUCUUACACACCAAGGAAGUGUCUUUCGAGUGCGUACUUUGCUCGGAGAAGUUCAUCCUUCACGAGUAUGCUACCAAACACUUAAGGAAGGAUCAUCCUGAAGUGGAGGACCCUAACGUCUUCAUUCAGAAGUGUAGGCAAACCGAAAUAAACGAUGUCGAUGAGAACGAAGAACAACAUGGAACUUGUCACAUCUGCAAGGCGACUUUUCUGACACACCGAGAGUACGUGGUGCACGUUACCCUUGGUCACCUGACAUCGUCGCUGCAGGAUGACGUCGUCAGCAAAGGCACAAAACGCCCAGGCAUCUUCGCUGGCAAACUUGGAACAUGCAGGAAACCAUGUGUCGAUCCAAGCCAUGAAAUUCCUUUGGACAAACAGCCACUCUACAAGUGUGUCGUCUGUCCGGACGCAUUCAUUAAACCAUCUGACUUCCUGGAGCACCUCUCUGGGCAUGCCCCGGAACCCAAAGACCCUCGUUUGCUUUCCGAAGCUCGUCUUCCAAACGGACACCACCAGUGUCUCAUCUGCGGUGCAACAAUGCCCUUUGCAUGCCAGCUAAGACGACACAUUAUGGGGCACUCUUCCAAAGAACUGUUCCCAUGUCCACUGUGCAGUAAGCGUUUCAAAGCACCGUACGCUUUCCUCCAUCAUCUGGAAAAACAUUCGACUGGAAGGAAAUUGCAUCAUUGUACAAUUUGCAAGAGGGGUUUCCUGACAAAAUUCUACCUGUCCACUCACGCAAAGGUGGCUCACAGCAAGGACAGAAACAAGACACGUUGCGAGGUGUGCUUCAUGGUGAUAGCCAGACAAGAUGAGCUGCGACACUAUUACAAGCACACGGGUGAGAACUUGUGUGCAUGCAUCAUAUGUGGCAAGCAGUUGAGUAACAGAACUAUAGCGAUUAGUCACGUGAAAAGAUUCCAUCCCGAGGUGGAACAUCCUGUAAAGUCUAUUCGUCGCUACAAGGAAUCCCCAAGUAUCGAGAAAGAAUUUCGGAAGAAGCAGGACAAAAGAAAGAAGGACAGGAAAUGUGAUAUCUGCUUGAUAGAGUGCAGGAGUCGCACAGACUAUGUGGUACAUACUAUCAUGGGACAUGGCACCAGGCCUAAUCUGGAGGAUAGUGCAAGUGAUGGCGUUGUCAACGGACGACGAGGUCCACACAGCUCUGAUGGCGCAUCUGGUAGCAGCAUUGUGAACCCUUACAAAUGUGUUGUCUGUCCUGAUAGCUUCGUUUCCACAACAGAGAUCAUCAAGCACUUGCGUGGACAUGAUGAGAAGCCCGAGGAUCCUCGUGUGUUAUUGGAAGCCGAGCUUUCUGAUGGGAGGUACCAGUGCAAGAUCUGUAAGCACAUAAGCAAAACGAAACACGAUUUUGCUGUCCAUUUCAACUCCCACACCAAAGCAAGAAAAUUUCAAUGCCCCAGGUGCCCUGUAAUGCUAAAGUCUUCAGUUACUUUCUUUGAACACUUGGAGCAGCACCGACAAAACCGUGGGGGACAUAGCUGCACUGUUUGCGGUAAGCAGUUUGUUUCAGAAAAGAGGGCUAAAGCUCACAAAAGGCUGGCACAUUCUGGAAGAAGUCGUGAACGUUGUGAGGUCUGUUUCAAGAGUAUCUCGGCUGCCUUUAUACGCAACCAUUACUACACGCACACCAGAGAACGAGAGUACCAAUGUACAGUGUGCCAGAAAGCAUAUCCUGGCAGGACCAAUGCAGUCACACAUGUGAAGAGGGUGCAUUGUGACCUGGGAACACCCGGGUGCUUUGUACGUAUGGUGAGGAAGCUGUGAAAGAGAGUAAAAUUCAGACGCAGACGUGGCCCAUGUGCUGAAAAAAAGGAAUGUGGAAGCAAUGUGUGAGGAAGUGCAGAAACGAAUGAGAAAGUGCAAAGACGAUUUGUUCGAAUACAUUAUAGGUACAGCUCGCCUCAGGGUUAGCUUGAACGCCAUCGCGGGCUGCAGACUCUGGUGGUGCUUAGUAGAAGUAAUGGUGGUGGUGGGGGGGUGACCCUUAUUACGACGGUGCCGCCAGGGGAGCUCUCUUGCCGCUUAGCAGGCUGGAGCGAUGUUCAACUUAACUUUGACACGAGUCGUACAUUUACAGUAGUGUGUUCUAUGACUAUGGAAUUUUAAAUAUGAGUAUGCUGUACUCGAGCAAGGGCGUCUCACGAUGUUCCAUUCAUGGUAUGUUCAUGGUACGAUAUGUGGUUCAUGGUUUCAUGGCACGUGUGUUAUUUCAUGGUAUGUUAAACUGUAUAGAGUUGUCAGUAUCUAUUGUAUCCUGUGUCCCUUUCAAAUCAUUUCAUAAUUCUUCCCUAUUUCAUGUCGAAAGUUCGUUCACACCUCUCUCCUAUCUGGCGAAUUAUGGUCACAAAGUUUGCAGUGAUGUGCAAUAACUACUCUCAUAGUUAAACUACAACUACCAACUUCUUGUUUAAAAAGUAAUUGCAACUACUAACCCACCAAUGUUUAGAUGAAGUAGUUAAAAACUACAACAAAGUAGUUUGAAGUACUUUUCCAACUGUAUUUGCACAACAUAGCCUAAUAGACUUGCACUGAAUUUAUGUCUGGCUGAAUGUCUUGCUGAUGAUAUCUUUCAUCCCACUGUAGAGCUUGCCUCAGCCCUCUCCUCAAUUUUUUCAGAAGUCAUUAACGUUAAUUCAUUACUUGACCCAAUCUACGAACAUUUAUAAUGGAGGUUAUUCAUGUACCUUUCGUCAAAUAUUUUACUAGAUUGUACGGUAUUCAUGAUAGAGGUUCCAAAACUGUGACAAACCCACAUAGUGCUUCUCGCAUCAAGCGGAUUAACUUUGACUUGACGUCUUUUUUCGUAUGGUUUCUAAAGAGUACCUAUUGAGACAUAUUAAAGUGAUUAAUAGAAACUAGCUAUUAAUGGGGUUUAGUAGAAAAAGUACUCUAAAAAAAUGCAUGAUGCAGGAAGUUGUCAAAACCAAGCUCGAGAAUGUGAUGCGAGGUAUUUAAAAGAAUAACAAAUGAAUGAAAAACAGUAUGAUGCCACGCUUCGAAGCUAUUAUCAUGAAUACCGAUAAAGUACCCCCAUUAAUUGUACUAUAUGGGUCCUGUGUUUAUGCACUUAAGAAAACAUUGCCUUAUUAUAACUGUUUGGAGUACUCUAUAGCUAAAUGCAGAUGUGAAACCAUUGUACAGUUACAAUAAAAAUACAGAUUCUGUUGUAUAUACAAACACACAGAUAUCAAGUCUUUCCAGAGUAAGGAUAAUGAUCAUUUUCAAACAGGACAACGGUAAUCUCAAAUCACCAAACAGUAGAGACUUCUGUGAAAGUUCACUCUACUGAACAUUCUUUCCCAUCAAUAGUGCCUUUGCUGAAGGAGUACAGCAUGGAGGCAUACCGUAGUUAAGUACAGUAAGUUAAGUUAGUUUUGAAUUACUUUUUGUCAAGUAGUUGCAAUUACUGGUCAACUAGCAGUUCAACUAUAUGUAGUCAAACUACUGCCCAUCACUGGCUUGAUGAUUCAGAGUUUAAUGGUGCAGCAGCAAUUAUGGUCACACUGAGACACUUGUCAGCUGUUGAUAUUUUAAAUUAUGACAUAUAUUUGUAGGUUUCAUAACGUUGUUAUGUAUAAUCGUUCCACUUGAUUGUUUGUAAUUGUUUUCUUAUUUUUGUUAUCAUUUUUCAUCAUUUUUGUUUUGUCAUUAUCUGUGCUUUUUCGAGACACCAUUAUAAAUGCUCUACUGUUUAUGGCCUCUAAAAAUAAAUACCGGAAUCUUUGCACCGGCA